AUGGCAGAGACAACUGUAAGAAAACAACAACAACGACAACGACAACAUUGCACCCAACAUUCUCUUGUUGACGCUCAUUUAUUACAGGAACAGAAAAACGAUCCAAUGGAAGUUGACACUCCUGUGGAAGACGCUGCUAGCACUCCCAUGGAUACCAACAGCCCAGCAGAUGACGAGAACAACGUGAAGCCUAGGGCAUUCGACGAGCCUUCUGCAUAUGAGAACCGUGUCAGACGCUACCGCUUUUUGCUUGAUCAGACUGAAUUGUUUGCCCACUUUUUGGAUAUCAAGAGCAAUAAGGAUGAAGCAUUGCAAAAGGUUUUGGAAGAGAAACGCAAGGAAGCCAAGGCAGAUGAAGGAUCACGACGUCGACGAAAGACUGAAAAGGAGGAAGAUGAGGAGAUUCUCAAGGAUGAAUCGGGUGAAUCAGGCGAACAGUUGACCGUGUUUACUUCCUCACCAGCAUAUGUUACGGGUGGUAAAUUGCGUGAUUAUCAGGUCCAAGGUCUCAACUGGAUGGUUUCUUUGUAUGAGAAUGGCAUCAAUGGUAUCCUUGCUGAUGAAAUGGGUCUUGGUAAAACCUUGCAAACGAUUUCAUUCCUCGGCUAUUUGAAGCAUAUUCGUGGCAUCAAUGGACCCCAUUUGGUGGUUGUUCCCAAGUCGACUUUGCACAAUUGGAAGAGCGAAUUCUCAAAAUGGAUCCCUGAAUUCAAUGCAUUUAUUUUCCAUGGUGAUAAGGAAACUAGAAGGGAACUCAUUGACAAUCGCCUCAAGCCAAUCGAUUUCGAAGUUUGCAUCACCUCAUACGAGAUCUGCUUGUUGGAGAAGGCGCAAUUCAAAAAGAUCUCUUGGCAAUACAUUAUCAUUGAUGAAGCUCACCGCAUCAAGAACGAGAACUCGAUGUUGUCUCAAAUCAUGCGCAUCCUCCACUCUCGCAAUCGCAUGUUGAUCACUGGUACUCCCCUUCAAAACAAUCUUCAUGAACUCUGGGCUUUGCUCAACUUUUUGCUCCCUGAUGUAUUCAACUCGUCGGAGGCAUUUGAUGAAUGGUUCACUAGUCAAAAUGAUGAUCAAAAGAAGGUGGUGGAACAGCUUCACAAGGUCUUGAGACCCUUUUUAUUGCGUCGCCUCAAGUCAGAUGUGGAAAAGUCCCUUUUGCCCAAGAAGGAGGUCAAUGUUUAUGUCAAAAUGAGCCCUAUGCAACGAAAGUGGUAUCAACGUAUUCUUGAAAAGGAUAUCGAUGCUAUCAAUGGUGCUGGUGCCUUGUCCAAGCGAGAAGGAAAGACUCGUCUUUUGAACAUUGUCAUGCAACUCCGCAAGUGUUGUAAUCAUCCUUAUCUCUUUGAUGGCGCUGAACCUGGACCACCCUUCACGACCGAACAGCACAUUGUUGAUAAUGCUGGCAAGAUGGUUGUUCUUGACAAGCUCUUGAAGCGUCUCAAGGCUAAAGGAUCUCGUGUUCUUUUGUUCAGUCAAAUGAGUCGUGUUUUGGAUAUCUUGGAGGAUUACUGCUGGUGGCGUGGCUAUGAAUACUGCCGCAUUGAUGGUCAAACCAACCAAGAAGACCGUAUCGAUGCUAUUGAUGACUACAACAGACCCGACAGCGACAAAUUCAUUUUCUUGUUGACUACACGUGCUGGUGGUCUUGGUAUCAACUUGACAACUGCAGAUAUUGUUGUUCUAUUUGAUAGCGAUUGGAACCCCCAAGUUGAUUUACAAGCAAUGGAUCGUGCACAUCGUAUUGGCCAAACCAAACAGGUGUAUGUCUACCGCUUCGUCACCGAGAAUGCCAUUGAAGAGAAGGUCUUGGAGCGUGCAGCUCAAAAACUUCGUCUUGAUCAACUCGUCAUUCAACAAGGACGUGCACAAACCGCCCAAAAGGCUGCAUCCAAGGAUGAAUUGUUGACGAUGAUCCAACACGGUGCUGAAAAGAUCUUUAACGAGGGCGAAAGUGUCGAACAGCCUGCAGAAGACGCUGAUGAUAUUGAAUUGAUCUUACGUCGUGGUGAAGAAAAGACAGCCGAGCUCAACAAAAAGUACGAGAAUCUCAACAUUGAUGAAUUACGCAAUUUCACAUCUGAGAGCGCAUAUCAAUGGGAUGGUGAAGAUUGGAGCAACAAGCGUAAAGCUGCAGGAGCAGGCUUACCUUGGCUUGGACCAGCAAAGCGUGAGCGUAAGGGCAACUAUGCUGUGGAUGAUUACUACAAGGAAGUAUUGAGGAUCAGCACCAAAACGCCAUCCACCAAGGCUCCUCGUGUGAAGCGAUAUGCAGUUGAGGAUUUCCAAUUCUUCCCAAAACGACUACGUGAAUUGAAUGAAAAGGACACACUUUAUUUGCGCAAAUCGGUUGGUUACAAGGUGCCACCUGUAUCUGAGGAGGGUGAUCCUGAGGAUAUCAAGGAGCAAGAAAAGGAGCGUGAAGAGGAACAGCGCAAGAUCGAUCAAGCUGAGCCAUUGACUGAAAAGGAAGAAGAGGAACGCAAACAACUACUUGAGGAUGGUUUCUCCAAUUGGUCCAAGAAGGAUUAUACUUCGUUUGUCAAUGCCUGUGCACGAUAUGGUCGCAAGAAUUUGGAAGCAAUAGCGGGUGAAAUUGAGGGAAAGACUUUUGAGGAAGUACAAGAGUACUCCAAGGUGUUUUGGAAACGAUAUACCGAGAUUGCAGACUACGAGCGCCAAAUUGGAAAGAUUGAGCGUGGUGAAAACGAGUUGGAGAAGAUGGCUGAUAUCCAGGAGCAACUCACAGAAAAAGUAUCACGUCACCGAGUACCAUUGCAACAACUCAAGAUUCAAUACACACAGCCAACCAAGGGCAAGAAUUACACAGAAGACGAGGAUCGAUUCAUGCUUGUCAUGCUUGAGAAAUACGGCUAUGGCACUGAAAAUGUGUACGACAACAUUAGACGAGAAAUCAAACAAUCGCCCAUGUUCCGAUUCAAUUGGUUCUUGAAGUCACGAACGUCUCAAGAGAUUGCUCGACGCUGCAAUACGCUCAUCGGUCUGGUACAAAAGGAAAAUGCUGAAUUAGAAGAACGCUCCCAAGAAGAAAAGAAGAAAAAGGGAUCUUCCAAGGCUAGCACUCCAACACCCAAGCAACGUCGUCGUUAA